CUUCAGAAUCCAAAGCUUGUGUCCACCUUCAAUCAAAGUAAACCCAAGAUGAGCGACCGCACGAACGAGACUUAUUCCUCCUCUUCUUCAGAUGAUCUGAUCCAUGGUACCGAUAGCCCCAUCUGCACUGCCGGUGAUAGAACAUACGAUACCUACGAUGCCGACGCAACGACCAACUAUGGCGUCCGAGCAGCUAAACGCCUCGGUACGAAAAAGGAAAAGGCGACUGACGUGAGUAUCCACGAAUACGAAGCCCCUAGUGGCGCCCGAAUCAAGAGGACCAAUUUUAAGAACGGGCGUGGGCGGACAACCUACAACCCCAGCACGGGAGCAUACGAUGAGUUGUUAGACUAUAGUACGGACGAUGCGGACCACCACCAUCGCGAGAAACUUAACGCAGACGGUGUCUAUGAGCUACGGGAUGUCAAUUUGCGGAAAGAUGGGACGAGGCAUGUUCAUCGCGAAUACAACAAUCCGAUUACGGGGAUCACGACUUCUGUACAGGGAACCAUGAGCGACCGUGCUUUUGAACUGGAUUUUUAGCGUUUGCUGUGUUUUAUCUCGUCCCUCUGUAACUGUUAGGUGCGGACAUGAGAGAUAUAGUAAUUUAUAUCUUAUACCAAUUCUGCAUGUACACAAUACAGAAAACAAAACACGAGACCCAGGCUACCUUAAGGAAAUAAUCUCACCUUCGUUGUCAUAUAAUUAUACUCUUAAUAGGGACAUAUCGAAAAUGGGA